AUGAUUGCGCUGGAUUCUGAAACCGUCGGUUACGACCUCACCGGGCGUAGCAUCAAAUAUGGUGACUAUUUUGACAAACAAUGCUUCUGCGGCGCGUUUGCCAUAGACGUCAAAACGGAACCCUAUUCAGGGACUGGGACAAUGGGCUUGACAAAGGAGCGGCUAUGGAUGAAUGCCACUUGUGGACCGACGUCCUUACCACACAACUGGACAGAUGCACUUAAAACCACGGAAUUCGCGUAUAUCCCCAUCGAAGAUUGGCAUUGGCCGGAGUGCGUCACGGAUAUGCCGGAGCAGGUGACUGAGCUUACCGGACAAUGUGCUACUGGCGCUUAUAAUUGGCGUCAAUUAGCCGCCACUACCACUCUCGACAUGAUUUCAUGGCAAUGGACCCUCAAACCAUCCAACGAUUCAAGCCUUGCCCCCAUAGGAUCUAUUGAAACAAUGAAAACAUGUGCCAAGACCGAGUGGAAGCUCGGCAGCCUUGCCAUGGUCAAUAUAGCUACUUUCCUUUCCGCAUGUCUCGCCCGGAGAACAGGCAUGCAUCGAAUCGCCCGGGGCUUUCUGUGGCAGCCGGACCCCGAAUCGACUUUGCUACUUGGUGAACAGCCCUCCAAAGCGAUGAAUCUCUCCCCGGCUGCGUCUUCCCUGUUUGCGGAAGCGAUUCUCCAAGUGUCAUCAUCGUAUUAUAUGAUGAUGACGGUCAAUUAUGGUCGAGAACACAACUUCUACCUUGAAGAUAUGAAACGACUAGAACGGGCACCACCGGCAAAAUCCAUGUAUAUUGGAGCAUUCUUGUGGCAUAUUACCGCCAUCUUGGCGUUUGUUUCGUUGAUGGCCCUGUUCAAUCAAUAUUGGACAUGGCUGGAAGAUAAGAGGGCACAUCAGUGGGUGGACAAGAGUAAGAGCUUAGAAGAAGCAUUGAGAAGCGAGGGAGGCUACUACACGGCGUAUGGAACUCUCCCUAUUGAAGGCCAAAACAACCGGCUCCCUCAGAAAUCAUUUUUGAGGCUGUAUACAGUCUCGAUCAUAGGCAUGCUCCUUCUUUGGAUUGCACAGUGGCUUUUUUGGUAUGGAUUGAUUGGUCUUCGUCUGGAAGAGUUCUGUCCCCCUAAGCUCGGGGCGCUCAUAGCUGUUUGGAUUGCCUCCUCAUUGGCAGGCGCUACUCUUGGGGCUAUUCAAUAG